AUGGGGUGCAACUUGAUUACCUUCCAGGACCUAGACUGGCUUGACAGGUGGCAGCCCUCCGAGUUCUUGGCUGCAGAUCCCAGUUUAGAAUCCUGGGUGGAGCUCAAGGAUGGGGAUCGCAACCACAGCAGGGACUUGCUGGUGAAAACCUACCAGCACCCCUUGAGGGCCUGGAGGAUACUGGACAGGGACAGUUCCAAUCGCAUUGCGUGGACCGAGUUCCGAGACGUUUGCCGGAAGGUGCGGUAUACCGGUGACAUCGUAGGUGCUUGGAGGGCCUUGGAUGCAGACAUGUCCGGGUAUAUCUCAAUGCGGGAGUACGACCCCGAGAGCGAAGAGCUUCUCACCUCCUUCAAGGAGUGGGCCGACUCCAACUUUGGGUCGGUGCGACACUGCUUCAAGGCCUUAGACAGCGACCGCAGCGGCUCGGUGACCUUUGCGGAGCUGAAGCGUGCCUGCCACAAGAUGAAGUGGGUGGGCAACGUGCGGACGCUCUUCGACUGCUUGGACAUCGACUCUGCCGACCGGAGAAACCGCGACGCCGCCACGGGAAAGCGGGCCAUCUCGUUGGAAGAGAUCGCCUUCCUGGACUCUUGGAACGUGGAGCCGCGGCCGGAGGUGGCUGAGAUGGAGGACACCGAGAUGGAACGUGACGCCCUGGCAGAAGCCGAAGCGAAGAGGGUGCUUUCGGUGGACCUGUUGGGGCGCCUGGGUGGGCCGGUUGGGCUUUUCAUGCGGCUCAAGAGAGAGCCCCAGUCCUUGCCGGGGCAGGCCAAGCAAACAGGCCGCAAGCCGUCUGUGUGCUUCGGGUGCCGUCAGACGAGGCAUCAUCCCAUCCAAACGCCGAACCAGACGGUCCGUUCAACGGACGCGCCGAUGAACCGCCGCCCUGACCUGGCCUUCCCCCGCGAGAUCCUCUCCCGCAGCGAUCGUGGGCUGUUCUUGGAGAAGAACCGGCUGCAGAAUGGCGAGUUGUGGAUGAAGUCCGCUGCGGCGCUGCCCGGAAAGGAGCGCUUCCAUGUGACCAAGCAGCAGGAUGAAGAUUGGUGGCUGCGGCACAACAACCGCGCCAGCUGCAAGCCGGAUCCCAGUUUCUCUUUCUAUCAGGAGAACCCCUUGCUGAAGCGGCCUUUGAGUCGGGAUACCUGGCAGCAACAGGGCCGACGGAAAGCCUCCCACGAGCGGCGACAGUUCAUCCAGGAGGCCUCGAGGCUCCUUCGGGAUCCCGCCCGGCGGAGGGAGAUGGAAGAACGCUACGCGCAGGUCAUGCGAAGCUCAUCACUGCCAACGUUGGCCUCUUUGCGGCCCCACUCGAGCGCGUAGGGGAGUAGCCAUGGAAGUUCAUAUGAGGUGCUUCUGCCUAUAUAGACCUUGAAGAUAUGAUUUUCUUGGAGCUCAAGAACUUCACUCAUGGUCGACCAGUGAAAGAUCUGAGCGGGGCUUAAUUUUUUCCCAGACUUGGCCCAUGGAACUCUCCUGGCCUACAACUUUUGCAGCACUUUGCGUUGAUUGAUUGGCGACCAUGUAGUCCUGGUCAUAUUUUUGGAGGGAGGAAAGACUUGCUUUCCUCCAUGUAGCUCGGUUUUUCCCGUCCUGAUGGAAGGCUCACUGCAGUUUUCUCGUGGGCGGACCACGGGCGGAAUUCUUUCAGCCGCUCCCAGGCC